GUCAGAUUCGCGCCACUUCUUGCACCGCGACCGGAGAGAACAGCGAGCUGUAAGUGAAUGAAUGCUGGUCUGCGGCGGCUGAGAAGUAACUAAACCGUGACUUUAGACUGCUUCUACGGUUCGUCGGUACUUUUGGGGAUUUUGGUGUGAAGUUAUCUCAACCGAGGGUCAACUUGUGAAGCCAUGGCUCGAAAGGAUUACGCGGCAGAGAAAGACAAAUGCAAAAGAUUCCUGCAGGAGUUUUACUCAGAGGAUGACAACGGGAAGAAGGUUUUCAAAUAUGGAGCUCAACUUGUGGCGCUGGCCCACAGGGAGCAGGUGGCGGUCUUUGUGGAACUGGACGAUGUGGCUGAAGAAGACCCCGAGCUGGUCGAGAGCAUCUGUGAGAAUGCAAAACGCUACACCGGCCUGUUUGCUGAUGCUGUCCACGAGCUGCUGCCAGAGUACAAAGAAAAAGAUGUUGUGGCAAAGGAUUCGUUGGAUGUGUACAUUGAGCACAGGCUGAUGAUGGAACAGAGGGGCCGCGACCCUGCAGACACCCGAGACCCUCGUAACCAGUAUCCUCCUGAACUCAUGAGGAGAUUUGAGCUUUAUUUCAAACCACCCACCACCAAUAAACCCAAAGUGGUCCGUGAUGUGCGAGCUGACAGCAUCGGUAAUCUUGUGACGGUUCGAGGAAUAGUGACGCGCGCCACUGAGGUCAAACCGAUGAUGGCUGUCGCUACGUACACAUGUGACCAAUGUGGCGCCGAGACCUAUCAACCAAUCCAGUCUCCUUCCUUCAUGCCGCUUAUCAUGUGUCCCAGCCAAGAAUGUGUCACCAACAAGUCAGGAGGCCGACUCUACCUGCAGACCAGAGGCUCCAAAUUUGUCAAGUUCCAGGAGCUGCGUAUUCAGGAACACAGCGACCAGGUGCCCGUCGGUAAUAUUCCAAGGAGCAUGUCUGUGUACGCCCGAGGUGAAAACACACGUCUCGCCCAGCCAGGAGACCACGUGGCCAUCACCGGCGUCUUCCUCCCUCUUCUGCGCACUGGCUUCAGACAGGCUGUUCAGGGUCUUCUGUCAGAAACCUACAUGGAGGCCCACUGCAUCACACUCAUGAACAAGACGGAGGACGAUGAGCUCGGCAACGAGGAGCUGACUGAGGAGGAGCUGCGCGGCAUCACGGAUGAAGGAUUUUAUGAGAAACUAGCUGGCUCAAUCGCACCAGAGAUCUACGGACAUGAAGAUGUAAAGAAGGCGCUGCUCCUGCUGCUGGUUGGAGGAGUCGAGCAGGCGCCCAAAGGCAUGAAAAUCAGAGGCAACAUAAACAUCUGCCUGAUGGGAGACCCAGGAGUUGCCAAGUCCCAGCUGCUGUCCUACAUUGACCGUCUGGCUCCUCGAAGCCAGUACACAACAGGUCGUGGUUCCUCUGGUGUCGGUCUGACUGCAGCGGUGAUGCGUGACCCAGUGUCCGGAGAAAUGACCCUGGAGGGUGGAGCCUUGGUGCUCGCUGAUCAGGGCAUCUGCUGUAUUGACGAGUUUGACAAGAUGGCAGACGCUGACCGCACAGCCAUCCACGAGGUGAUGGAACAGCAGACCAUCUCCAUCGCUAAGGCCGGCAUCAUGACCUCCCUCAACGCCCGUUGCUCUAUUCUAGCAGCAGCCAACCCUGCCUAUGGCCGCUACAAUCCCCGGAAGAGCAUUGAGCAGAACAUCCAGCUGCCCGCUGCUCUGCUCUCCCGUUUCGACCUCCUCUGGCUGAUCCAGGACAAGCCGGACGCUGACGCUGACCUGCGUCUGGCCCAGCACAUCACCUACGUCCACCAGCACUGCCGCCAGCCACCCACGCACUUCACCCCCAUCGAUAUGAGACUGAUGAGGCGUUACAUUGCUUUGUGUAAGAAGCGGCAGCCCAUGGUACCAGAGGCACUGGCUGAUUACAUCACUGCUGCUUACGUAGAGAUGAGGAAGGAGGCCCGAGUCAGCAAAGACACCACCUUCACCUCUGCCCGUACCCUCCUCUCCAUCCUCCGCCUGUCCACUGCCCUGGCUCGCCUCCGCAUGAUGGAGACUGUGGAGAAGGAAGACGUCAACGAGGCGAUGAGGCUGAUGGAGAUGUCCAAGGACUCACUACAAGCCGACAAGUCCAGCGCCACAAGGACUCAGCGCCCGGCCGACGUCAUCUUCUCUCUGGUGCGCGAGCUCUCCACGGAGGGCGUAGCCGGCCGAGGUGGAGCCGGCGGCGUGGUCCGCAUGGCUGAAGCGGAGCAGCGCUGCGUCUCGCGUGGCUUCACCCCCGCCCAGUUCCAGGAGGCCUUGGAGGAGUACGAGGAGCUGAACGUGUGGCAGAUCAACCAGGCUCGCAGCCGCAUCACCUUCGUCUGAGCGACCCUGAACACAUCAUCACGCACGCUGCGUCUCCUCUAUCGUGGGCUUUCUACAGACUUCUAUCGGGCCUCUACAUUUGUUCUCCUCCUCCAGCAUCUUGUAACACAAGUCGAGCAGAUUUGGGGACAUUUUUUAAGCAUGACUGUGCUUUAACUCCUGCUGCUGGAGACCCCAUAGCUUUUUAUAUGUUAAGAGGUAAAUUCACUUGUAAAUAUGUAUGUCAGAUCUUGAGGUUGUGUAGUUUAUCUGCAGUUUAGAGCUUAAAGCUUCCAAAGUAUUUCUGUACAUUUUAUAUCCACUGUAAUGCAAUUUGAGCAAGAUAAAUUAACGUGGAGCCUUUUAUUGUGACGGAUAGUUAUAAUAAAUUGUUGGUUCAAUGCAAA